UCCAGUAUUGUCAAAGGGAAGUCAGCCCUUGAACUGAGGUGCCUAAUUACAGUUAGUUAGGACAGUCCUCUGAGUAAUAGGUUAGUUAUGAAUCAAUGGUUGUCCGAGUAACAGAACGGCCGAGAAUUUGAUCAUUCUAAAACAGAUUAAGGACAACCGAAACUCGGUUCAAAGGAUGGCAAGUAAGGUCAGCAGCAGCACCAUUGCCAUCCUCAUUCUGAGCUGUGGUCUAAUUUCCUGCGAUUCAGCGGCAGGUGGCCGCAGGCCAAAUAACAGUGGGGCAACGAUAUUUAACGUGAUGAGCUAUGGUGCAAAGCCUGGAACAGAAGAAGAAAGCUCCCAGGCUUUCGUUCUGGCGUGGAGAGCUGCUUGUAGCUUCGACAGGAAGGCUAUGGUUUUAAUCCCACCUGGAGUUUACAUCCUAGGGGAGACAACAUUCCAGGGGCCCUGUAAGAACCCCACUCCUGUAACAGUUAGGCUGGAAGGAACCCUCAGGGCAUUCUCUGAUCUCUCUGCUUAUCCUGAAAAGGGAUGGAUUUCAUUCGACGAGGUCAGUGGCCUGGUCCUGACAGGUCGAGGCACCAUUGAUGGACAGGGCCAGAACUUAUGGAAAUACAAUGAUUGUGAUCAAGAUCCAAACUGUAAACACCUGCCGGCUAGUAUAUAUAUGACCAAAGUGCAAAAUGCUUGGAUCACUUCACUCAAGCUGAUAAACAGCAUGGGGUUCCAUAUGCACGUUACCAACAGCGAGCGAAUCGUGCUUCGCGGCUUAACAAUCACUGCCCCUCGAGAUUCCCCCAACACAGAUGGAAUCCACAUUAGCAAAUCUAGAGAUGUAAAAGUAAUAAGGUGCAUUGUCAAGACCGGCGACGACUGCAUAUCCAUAGGCCAGGGAUCGAGCAACGUCACUGUUAGCAUGGUCACCUGCGGCCCUGGCCACGGUAUCAGCGUGGGGAGCCUUGGAAAGGUACCGAAUGAAUUGGAUGUUCAGGGGCUGUUAGUUAACAACUGCACCUUAAUCAGCACCAACAAUGGCGUCCGAAUCAAGACUUAUCCGGCCUCGGAUCCGAGCAAAGCUUCAGGAAUCGUGUUUGCCGAUAUCGUCAUGGAAGAUGUGGGGAAUCCUAUUGUCAUUAACCAGAACUACGGCUUGAAGUCGACACAGCCAUCAAUGGUGAAAAUCAGUGAUGUCACAUACCACAACAUAAGAGGAACUACAACAUCACCAGUUGCAGUGAGUUUGAUUUGCAGCUCAGGAGCCCCCUGCCUCGACAUACGUCUGCACAAUAUCAAUCUGAAGCUCAAAGGAAGUGGGGAGGUUUCAUCAGUUUGUUCUAAUGCCAUAGUGGCUCAUGUUGGUGUUCAAAUUCCACCGCCAUGUGUAUCGUUCUAGAAAGACGAAUGUAUUGUAAUUAACUACUAGUUAAGAAGAAACCAAAAAAACAC